AUGAGUUUGAACGAUGUAUCUAGUACUCAACAACAACAACAACAACAACAGCUGAAUAACAGUAUAUACGCAUCUGGCUCCCCAACACUAGAUACCACCACCACCAACAACAACAACAAUAGCAAUAACAGUAACCAAUCGCAUGGAGCAGGCUUGCACAGCUGCAGUAACAACAAUAUCAACAAUAGCGGCAGUAAUAUUGCAAAUAACAACGGCACCUCCGGACAGACCCCUGGACAGACCACCGACAACAACACCACCAGCGCAGCUUCUGACUCCAAAAGUAUACCUAAGACCAACACCAACACCAAUGUUAAUUCCAAACCCAAUCUAAAUAGUCAAAAUAAUUCAUCAACAUCACUAACAAAAAAAGUAUCUCGACACGCUCACAAGGACACUACAACAAGGGGCAAAUACAGCUUAAAUGAUUUCCAAAUCUUACGAACAUUGGGUACCGGGUCAUUUGGACGUGUCCAUUUAACAAGAUCGAUUCACAAUGGAAGGUUCUACGCCAUGAAGGUGUUGAAAAAGGAACGAGUUGUAAAUAUGAAACAGGUUGAACAUACCAACGAUGAACGAAGAAUGUUGAAAUUGGCGCAACAUCCAUUUAUAAUUCGAAUGUGGGGCACGUUCCAAGACUGUCAUAACUUGUUUAUGAUUAUGGAUUACAUAGAAGGUGGUGAAUUAUUUUCAUUAUUGCGAAAAUCACAACGGUUCCCGACCCCAGUGGCCAAAUUUUAUGCAGCAGAGACUUUUUUAGCCAUUGAGUAUCUACAUAAUUUAGACAUUAUUUAUCGGGAUUUGAAACCAGAGAAUAUCUUGUUGGAUAAAAACGGACAUAUCAAAUUGACUGAUUUCGGGUUUGCCAAGGAAGUUCAAGAUGUGACUUAUACAUUAUGUGGUACUCCUGAUUACAUUGCUCCUGAAGUUGUUGCCACUAAGCCUUAUAAUAAAUCAGUUGACUGGUGGUCGUUUGGGAUAUUGAUUUUUGAAAUGUUGACUGGUUACACGCCAUUUUAUGACCCAACUCCAAUGAAGACUUAUGAAAAUAUUUUGAAUGGAACUAUAACUUACCCUGAUUACUUACCGCCUGACAUUUUGGAUUUGUUACAGAAAUUGAUUGUAAAGGAUUUAACGCAAAGAUUGGGUAACUUGCAAGGCGGUUCAAAUGAUGUGAAAAACCAUCCUUGGUUUAAAGAAGUUAUAUGGGAACGUUUAUUAUCUCGAGAUAUUGAGACCCCUUAUGAACCACCUAUCACUUCAGGUGUGGGUGACACAUCCCAAUUUGACAAGUAUCCUGAAGAUAAAGAUUUAGAUUAUGGUAUAAGUGGAGUAGAUGACCCAUAUCGAGAUAUGUUUCAAGACUUUUAA